CCGAAAAGAAAUAGCUUCAAGAUGUCAGAUCGCAAGGCAGUCAUCAAAAAUGCGGAUAUGAGCGAAGAGAUGCAGCAGGAUUCGGUGGACUGUGCCACACAGGCACUCGAGAAGUACAACAUUGAGAAGGACAUUGCCGCCUACAUCAAGAAGGAGUUCGACAAAAAGUACAAUCCCACAUGGCAUUGCAUUGUCGGACGCAACUUUGGAUCGUAUGUGACACAUGAGACUCGCCACUUUAUCUACUUCUACCUGGGACAGGUGGCCGUAUUGCUGUUCAAGAGCGGUUAACCGGACAGAUGUAGGCUAGCAUGAUAGAUGUUCAUAUUGUACAAGAAAUAGCGAAUAUAGACUCGAUUACCUGAAAUAAAACACGUUCUGGAUGAAGCAUACAUA